CUAAUCUCCUCUCCUUCCGACUAAACAGAACACUGUAGUCUUUUGCUUUGCCACAGACUCGCCUUGAGAAGCCUCGACGGCGCUAGCAGAAUCGAGGAGAGAUGGUGGCGGCGUCGUCGUCGUCGGCGAAUGUCUACCCGCUCUCGAGCUACUCGUUCGGCAGCAAAGAGCCGAAGAUGGAGAAGGACACCUCCGUCGCCGACCGCCUCGCCCGCAUGAAAGUCAACUAUAUGAAGGAGGGCAUGAGGACAAGUGUCGAGGCAAUUUUGUUGGUUCAGGAGCAUAAUCACCCCCACAUACUUCUUUUACAAAUUGGGAACACCUUCUGCAAACUUCCUGGCGGGCGUCUAAAACCUGGAGAGAAUGAAAUUGAGGGCUUGAAAAGAAAAUUGACAAGCAAACUUGGUGCUAAUAAUCCUGGUGUUGUUCCAGACUGGCAGAUAGGUGAGUGUGUUGCUGUCUGGUGGAGACCAAAUUUUGAGACCAUAAUGUAUCCAUAUUGCCCUCCACAUAUAACGAAACCAAAGGAAUGUAAAAAGCUCUUCCUUGUUCACUUGUCUGAGAGGGAAUACUUUGCAGUACCCAAGAACGUGAAACUUCUUGCCGUUCCAUUAUUUGAACUCUAUGAUAAUGUCCAGAGGUACGGGCCCGUCAUAUCCACCAUCCCGCAGCAGCUCUCGAGAUAUCAGUUCAAUAUGAUCACCCAAUGAUCUGCACAUUCAUUCUGUGCAUUGCUUUUUACCUCUUUCCUUCUGCUUUUGGACGAGUUCACAUAACUUGUUCGACUAUACUUUAUUCCCGAGUGGAAUCUUCAUUAGCAUUCCAUGAAAGAGUAGACCUUUUGAAGGUUAGAGGGAAGGGGAGGUCAAAGGAUGUACAAUAAUUAUUUACAAUUUUGGUCGAUGGGAAUUUGGCUUGGUUUUAACGAAUCUCCUUGGAUGCUCUAUUGUCGAA